AUGCCGGACAAGGUGGAGCUCGGUAACGAGGGCAAGGCAGAAAGCGAGCCAGAGAAGCGGCUGGAUGACACAAAGGAAAUUGUCGGGAAGAAGAGCACUGCAGGCGAGCGCGAUGAGCUAAACGCGAAGGUUGCGUUCAGACGCACGCUCAGAGAUCGCCUGACAAAGAAAAUCUUCGAGCUCGAGGAAGCGUUGCGGAAUGCGACGGCGUCCGACAGUGAUAAAUCCAGAAUAUGGGGAGUGCCUGAGUCAACGUACGAUGAAAUCAAAGCGUUGAAUCUCGCAGUUAUGCCACCCCUAUGCAGGCUGUCGCCCGAACAGUACGAAGACGCGAUAGGAAGAGUGUUCUCCUACCAGGAAGAAUUCUUCCGGAUCAAGGACGCGUACGAGAUAACGUGCCGUCCAGCGGUUCAGCAGUCCAGCUGCGGAGCUCCGGGAACGAGUAGCCAAGGGUUGGCACUCGACAGGAAAUACCGACUUGCGAAAUUUAGUGGGGACUUCAAGAGAUACAGAGAGUGGAAUCAGCUGUUCGACGUUCAUGUGCACCGCAAGCGGAUCGAUCCAGUCGAGAAAUUCACGCUUCUGAAAGAAGCUCUCGUAGGUCUCCCGGCGUCGGAGAUAGCACAACUCGAGUUCACCGCAUCACAGUAUCCGGAGGCCAUCGCAAUUCUCGAGAAGAAAUUCGGAUGCCCCCGGGAGGCUGAGAAGGAUCACGUCUUCGAGAUACAGAGGUUGUACAAGUGGAGGGACCUGCAUCUGAACGAUAAGUUUUCGCGGUUUGUAUCUCAAAACGUCAAGGCCCUAAUCUCGUUAGGAAAAACGUAUGAGUCACUCUCGGCGACGGUUGCUCCAGGCAUACUCGCGUGCUUACCGAGCACGAUGAGAGAAGACUUCACUAGAUCGCUUUUUGGGGUAUUGCAACGCCCUGACGCUUCGAGUAGCGAGCUAAAAACACUCCUAGUGUACUUAGAGAGAGAGGUAGCCGUAAAGCGAGCAUGCCGGUUCCCGGGUAGCGACUCAGUUGCCGGACCGUCGCAACCUCGCAGGGAUGUCAGCCGUAGAAAGCAUGAUAGAUCCGAGCGAGAGCCCGUAGGAGGCAGCCGAGCAUUCUUCGCCAAGAGCAAUCGUUCAGAGGUGGCUCAUACCUGCGUUUUUUGCGGCAGUUCUAAGCACCAAUCUAGGGCUUGCGAAAAAAAAUUAACGUACGACGAAAGGAAGGCUCGCUGCGAAGAGUGCAAGGCUUGCUUCAAAUGUCUUGGCAGAAACCACAAUGCUAGAAGAUGUAGAGUAUCUGUGAAGUGCGAGAGGUGCGGGCGAGGUCAUUACGAGAUUCUGUGUGGUCAGCAGAAGCCGGAGCAGAAUUCGGAUCAGAAGUCGGAAAAUGGUACGGGAAAAAACACGGGUUCGUUCUCAACUCAGACCAACCGAGCGCGGGGUAGCAAGAACGACAAGGGACCAAUAUUCUUCCAGACGGGUCUCGCGUGGGUCAACGCGCCGACAGGUAGAAAAGUCUUCAGGUUCUUCAUCGAUAACGGGUCAGAACGUUCGUAUGUCUCAGAGCACGUGAUCCAGUCACUCAAAUUGAAAUCGGUUCAGCAGGAGUGCCUCGCAAUGAUCACGAUAGGCGGCGAAGUCUCGAGUUACAAAAAAUACGACGUUUUCGACAUAGGGCUUCAGAGUCGGUUCGACGACAAGGCGGCGAUCAGGCUCCAGGCAACGGGCAUUCCGGAGCUAGCUGAAGGGGAUUUCCCAGUCGCGAGCGAGUCGUUUGGUAUGUCUCCCAUGGCAGACAUCGGAGAGAACGUGAGGAGGCGCGAAAUCGAUAUCCUCUAUCCCCUCUAUGGUCGUUAG